AUGAAUACAAGCUUCAGUAAUGAAUUACAACAAUUACAAAUGGAAUUGCGUGCUCAAAAUUUUGAUAUUAUUCGAUUUUCAACAUAUCGAACAGCAUGUAAAUUACGUUUUAUUCAAAAGAAACUUAAUUGUGAGUUUGUUUUUAUUCGACUGUUAUCUCAAAAGAUUCUGCAUAUAAGGACAUAUUCUCGAUAUAGUAGAAUAUUUACUAUUGUAAGAUUAUAUCGUAAUAGUUGUUAAAAAAAAGCUCAUCAACAUUUGAAUGAUAUAGAAGCAAAAAUAUCAUAAAAAUAAACAGGAAAAUCUUGAUGUAUAUACACUAAUUUGUAUUUAUUCUAGUUCAUCUUCUCGAUUUAUUAAAUGUAGUUGAAUCUCUUCGAGAAUGUUUGACAAGUUUAUCUUUCGAAACUAAUUCAAAUACUGCAACUUCAAUUAAUCUUCGUGAAUCAAAACAAAUUCACUCUCGUUUAU